GCAAAAGAAGAAAAAGGCAGAGAAGGGGCAAAACUGAAAAUAGAAGGGAAAAAAAUGGAAAUGGAGUGCGCAUAAUGCUCUGAGUUUCAACGGCCAAUCGAGGGGAGGACAAGCAGCACACAUAUCGAUCCGGAUCGGAGGAAGAUGAGUGGAUGGGAUAGGUUUAGGGCGUCGGGAGCGAGAUUUGGUCUCAGUUCAACGAUGAACGAGCGCACACACUCGUCCCGGACGGUCCGGCUCGGCCGGGUCACGCCCCAGGCGCCUACUCACCGCACCAUAUACUGCAACGAUCGGGAGGCCAAUCAGCCCGUCAGAUUCAGGGGGAAUUCUAUAUCGACUACAAAGUACAAUUUUUUUACUUUUAUACCGAAAGGACUGUUUGAACAGUUCAGACGAGUAGCUAACCUCUACUUUCUUACGAUCUCAAUUUUAUCAGCGACAAAAAUCAGUCCUGUGUCUCCGAUAACAAAUGUGGUCCCCUUAAGUCUGGUGCUCCUUGUCUCUCUUGUAAAAGAAGCUUUUGAGGAUUGGAAGCGUUUUCAGAAUGAUAUGGCAAUAAAUAACUAUCUUAUAGACGUCUUGCAAGAUCAAAAGUGGGAGCCAAUACCCUGGAAAAAAUUGCAGGUUGGAGACAUUGUCAGGGUCAAGCAGGACGGAUUCUUUCCUGCGGAUGUGCUUUUUCUUGCUAGUACAAACCCAGAUGGUGUCUGCUAUAUUGAGACUGCAAAUUUGGAUGGGGAAACAAAUUUGAAAAUUAGAAAGGCGUUGGAAAGGACCUGGGAUUACUUGACUCCGGAGAAGGCAUCUGAAUUCAAAGGUGAAGUGCAGUGUGAGCAACCAAACAAUUCAUUAUACACUUUCACUGGCAAUCUUAUAAUUCAAAAGCAAACAUUGGCUCUCAGUCCAAACCAAAUUUUGUUGCGAGGGUGCAGUCUCAGGAAUACGGAAUACAUUGUUGGAGCUGUUAUUUUUACAGGACAUGAAACAAAGGUUAUGAUGAAUGCCAUGAAUGUUCCUUCCAAAAGAAGUACAUUAGAGAGAAAACUUGACAAACUUAUCCUAAUGCUUUUUGGUGCGCUAUUUACUAUGUGCCUGAUUGGAGCUAUAGGCAGUGGUGUAUUCAUAGAUCGCAAGUACUAUUACUUAGCACUCUCAAAAAGUGUGGAUGAUCAGUUCAACCCGGACAACCGAUUCUUGGUUGCUGUUCUUACAAUGUUUACCCUGAUUACUUUGUACUCAACAAUUAUCCCCAUUUCUCUUUAUGUGUCCAUUGAGAUGAUCAAAUUUAUUCAGUGCACUCAAUUUAUCAACAAGGACUUACGCAUGUACCAUAGUGAAACCAACACCCCAGCACUGGCUCGGACUUCCAACUUGAAUGAGGAACUUGGACAGGUGGAAUACAUCUUUUCUGACAAAACUGGAACUUUAACAAGAAAUUUGAUGGAGUUCUUUAAGUGUUCAAUUGGAGGAGAGGUGUAUGGAACUGGUAUCACUGAAAUAGAGAAGGGAAUAGCACUGCAAAACGGCUUAAAAGUAGAGGAGCAUAACUCAGCCAAUCCAGUGCAUGAGAAGGGUUUUAAUUUUGAUGAUGCUAGGCUUAUGCGAGGAGGUUGGAGAAAUGAGCCUAACCCUGAUAUUUGCAAGGAGUUCUUCAGAUGCCUUGCUAUUUGUCAUACCGUACUCCCUGAGGGUGACGAAAACCCAGAAAAAAUUACAUAUCAAGCUGCAUCUCCAGAUGAGUCUGCAUUGGUUACUGCUGCAAAAAACUUUGGAUUUUUCUUUUACAGGCGUACACCUACAAUGAUAUUUGUUCGUGAGUCUCAUGUUGAGAAGAUGGGUAACAUCCAAGAUAUGUCUUAUGAGAUUCUAAAUGUCCUUGAGUUCAAUAGUACGAGGAAGCGUCAGUCUGUUGUAUGUCGCUAUCCAGAUGGCCGGCUUGUAUUGUACUGUAAGGGUGCUGAUACUGUAAUCUUUGAGAGAUUGGCUGAUGUAAAUGCUGACUUAAAGAAAGUAACAAGGGAACACUUGGAGCAAUUUGGAUCCUCUGGAUUACGUACACUUUGCCUGGCCUAUAGGGAUUUACAUCCUGAUAUGUAUGAAAGCUGGAAUGUGAAAUUCAUCCAGGCUAAAUCUUCUCUACGAGAUCGUGAGAAGAAGUUGGAUGAGGUGGCAGAACUCAUAGAAAAGGAUCUUAUUUUAAUUGGGUGCACUGCUAUAGAAGACAAACUUCAAGAAGGAGUGCCAACUUGUAUAGAGACUCUUUCUAGAGCUGGUAUUAAGAUUUGGGUACUGACUGGGGACAAGAUGGAAACAGCAAUAAACAUAGCUUAUGCCUGCAACUUAAUUAACAAUGACAUGAAGCAAUUUAUCAUCAGUUCAGAAACUGAUGCAAUUAGAGAAGUUGAAGAGAGGGGCGACCAAGUGGAAAUUGCACGCUUUAUCAAAGAAGAAGUCAAAGUACAGUUGAAGAAGUGCCUCGAGAAAGCACAGGACUAUCUUCAGACAUUGUCUGGACCAAAAUUAGCACUUGUAAUAGAUGGAAAGUGUCUGAUGUAUGCAUUAGACCCAAGUUUACGAGUGAUGCUGCUAAACUUGAGCUUGAAUUGCAGUUCAGUUGUUUGCUGCCGAGUUUCUCCUUUGCAGAAAGCACAGGUGACAAGUCUGGUCAAAAAAGGUGCACAGAAAAUUACCCUUAGUAUUGGUGAUGGUGCCAAUGACGUUAGCAUGAUUCAAGCUGCUCAUAUUGGCAUUGGAAUAAGCGGGAUGGAAGGGAUGCAAGCAGUGAUGGCUAGUGAUUUUGCAAUUGCCCAGUUUCGCUUCCUUACAGAUUUGCUUCUUGUGCAUGGACGGUGGUCUUAUCUUAGGUUAUGCAAGGUGGUGACAUACUUCUUUUACAAGAAUCUUACAUUCACAUUGACUCAAUUUUGGUUCACCUUUCAAACUGGAUAUUCUGGUCAGAGAUUCUACGACGACUGGUUUCAGUCAUUGUACAAUGUCAUUUUUACAGCGCUGCCUGUGAUCAUUGUGGGGCUUUUUGAUAAGGAUGUCAGUGCAUCCGUUUCUAAGAAGUACCCUCAACUGUAUAGGGAAGGAAUAAGAGAUGUCUUUUUUAAAUGGAGAGUUGUGGCGAUAUGGGCAUUCUUUUCUGUCUACCAAUCUCUUAUCUUCUUUCACUUUGUUACCACUUCCAGUCAAAGUGGUAAAAAUCCAUCAGGAAAGAUGUUUGGUCUCUGGGAUGUCAGCACGAUGGCCUUCACUUGUGUUGUAGUGACAGUCAACUUGCGACUUCUUAUGAUGUGUAAUUCGAUUACAAGAUGGCAUUACAUAAGUGUUGGAGGAAGUAUUUUAGCAUGGUUUGUUUUCAUUUUUAUUUAUUCAGGAAUUAUGACCCCAAUGGAUCGACAGGAGAAUAUUUAUUUCACCAUAUAUGUCUUGAUGAGUACAUUCUAUUUUUACCUCACACUUCUUCUUGUUCCCAUUGUUGCUCUUUUUGGUGACUUCAUCUACCAAGGGGUUCAAAGAUGGUUCUUCCCCUAUGAUUAUCAGAUUAUUCAGGAAAUUCACAAGCAUGAGCUUGAUAAUUCCAGCCGGUUGGAUUUGGAUGAGGUUGGGAACCAGCUUACGCCAGCUGAGGCAAGGAGACAUGCCAUAUCUCAACUCCCACAAGAGAGAUCAAAACACACUGGCUUUGCUUUUGACUCACCAGGGUAUGAGUCAUUUUUCGCUGCACAGCUUGGUGUCUUUGCCCCACAGAAGGCAUGGGACGUUGCUCGGCGAGCCAGUAUGAAAUCACGGCCGAAGAUACCCCUUAAGAAAUAGCUCAAAUUGAUGUUAUUGUACAAAAUUUUUCAUUUUGACGUUCGGCUUUAGAAAUAUUUGUUCAUUUAGCUUGUGCCAUAUCUAGGUUAGGUAAGUUUUCCCAUCCAUUUUUUGUUCGACCCGGAAAUCUGUUAUUCUGCCGUCAAACUAUACCGGGGUUUGCGACAGAUGUACACAUUUACAUAAUCUGACAAAUACAAAUGAGCAUUUUUAGCUGUGCAGGA